AUGCCUACAUUCAGCGCUAUCAUCGCUGACUUCCAGAAUAAGGUCAAAUGCGUAGACGACACAUGUAUGUGGGCAAAUUCUAUCGAAGCUGCAUCUUUUCAGGCUUGUGAAUGGUUCGAUCUUUGUGUACGAAAUGGCAUUACUCUGAAUCCAAAGAAAUUUCAAUUUGCCCAGGACGUUGUUGACUUUGCGGGAUUCACAAUCACUCCAACUAAUAUACGCCCCAGUGCCAAGUUCCUUGAUGCCAUCAGAAACCUCCCCACACCCACUGACACCAAUGGUGCAAGAGCUUGGUUUGGGUUCAUAAACCAGGGUGCAUAUGCAUUUGCCAUGACACGACAGAUGAAGCCUUUUCGUUCCCUGUUGAAACCCUCAACACCAUUUGUUUGGACAGAAGAGCUGGACAAGGUAUUCAACCAGUCCAAAGAGGUUAUUGUAGAGGAAAGAAGGUGUGCGUUUAUUUGA